CAAUUUCUGCCAGGCCUGCAUCACCCGGGUCUGGGAAGGACUGGAAGAAAACGUCUCCUGUCCCAAGUGCGGGAAGAGAUUCCAGGAGAGGCAUUUGCACCCAACCCCCCUGCUGGGGAAGGUGGUGGAGAGAGCCAGGCAGCUGGGGUGGGGGGCAGAGGGCAGCAUGUGCCAGAGGCACAAGAAAGGUCAAGCUGUACUGCGAGGAGGAUCAGGCCCUGAUCUGCCUGGUGUGUGACAGAUCCAAGGAGCACAGAGCUCACAGGGUGGUUCCCAUUGAGGAGGCAGCCCAGGAGUACAAGGGCCAGUUUCAAAGGCAUCUGCAGAUUCUGAAAGAUGAGAGCUCCUGCCAGGAGGCCUUCACUAUUAGUGAAGGGAGGAGGCUGGAGACGCUGCUGGCUCACACCAAGGCCGAGAAGCAACGAGUGGUGUCUACCUUCCAGCAUCUGUAUUGGCUGUUACAGGAAAAGGAGUGCCUCCUGCUGAAGGGGCUGGGUAACGUGGCCCAGGGUGUGAAGCAGCUGCAGUGGGAGAACAUCAGCUGCCUCCACCAGAGGGCAACACUGCUGCAUGGACUGGUCGUCGAGCUAGAGGGGAAGUGCCGGCUCCCAGCUUCUGAGCUCCUGAAUGACGCUGAAAGCACCUUGAACAAGUAUAAAAAGAUGACGCUGCCCAAAUUGGCGUCUGCACCCACGGCUGAACUGAAGGAGAGCAUCAGGCAUCACUCCCGCAAGAAGAGAGCUCUCCAGGAUGAGAUGUGGGAAAGCCGAGAGAUCCUGACCCUGGAUGCCGCUUCCGCUCACCCUGGCCUGGUGGUGUCCCCAGACCGGCACAGCAUGUGGCAUGGGAACAGCAGGGGCUGCCUGCCCAGUGACCACCGCAGAUUCUUCCCAGCCUCCUGCAUCCUGGGCUCUGAGGGCUUUUCCUCGGGCCGGCACCGCUGGGAGGUGGAGGUGGGGGACAAAGACGGCUGGGAGUGGCGAGGGAGUGGCGAGGGAGUCCGUGAGGAGGAGGGACCCCACGGAGCUGCAGCCCCAGCACGGGGUCUGGGCUGUGGAGCUGGGAUGGUACCAGCUCCUUCCCCUGUCUCAAUGGCCACCAGCGGCAGCCCCGAGCCGAAGGCCCCACAGGAUCCAGGUUUGUCUGGACUACGAAGGGGGACAGGUGUCGUUCUACGAUGCCGAGAACCUGAAUCCACUGUUCACUUUCACGGCCUCCUUCACCGAGACACUCUUCCCCUUCUUCUGGCUCUGGGCCCCCAGUGCCCGCAUCAUGCUAUGCCCUUGAGGGAGACAGAAAGCCCACCCUGCCAGGACCAUGGCCUGAUUGCUAGGUAACAAAGAUGCAUGCCAUACACCAGGCCCCACCAGUCAGGUUGCUAGGCGAUGGACCAGGGACUCUUCAGAGCAUAGUUUUGUAUCCCUGCCCAUCCUGGCUCAUAGCCAUCGAUGGACCUAUCCUCCAUGAACUUAUCUAGUUCUUAUUUGAAC